AACGUUUCACUUUUCAAUCAUGUUGCGAGCUGUAAUAUUUAUAUUUUGCGCCUGCCUCGCGUUCGCCUCGGCUGCUCCACCAGUCAUCGAGGGUCGUGUGGUUGGCGGUGUGGAUGCCACAAUCGGUCAAUUUCCGCAUCAGGUCUCGCUGCGUCAAUCCGGCUCACACAUUUGCGGUGGCUCCAUCAUCUCCCGCGAUUACAUCCUGACGGCGGGACAUUGUGUCAGCUCCCAGUUUGAUAAUGGCACAGUCUCAUCUAUCACUCCCGCCUCGCUGCUGAGCAUUCGCGCUGGCACCUUGGAUCGCUUCUCGGGCGGCAUGCUCAUCAAUGUGGAAGAGGUGCAUGUGCAUGACCAAUACAACAGCUUCUGGUUCGAUGUAGCAGUCUUGAAACUCGCCCAGCCACUGAUCUUCUCCAGCCAGCUGGCUCCCAUUCCCCUCGCCACAGAGGACACACCGGCCAACAGCGACGUGAUCAUCUCGGGCUGGGGUCGUCUCACCACUGGCGGCGAUAUUCCACGCACCAUGCAAUGGAAUACACUCAGCGCCAUCUCCAAGUUGUCGUGUGCCCUCUCUAUUGCCGUCUACAGGGACGAUAUGCUCUGUCUGGCUCAUACGUCGGGCAAUGGUGCUUGCAACGGAGAUUCUGGUGGGCCAGCGAUCUUCAACGGAGAACUUGUCGGUAUUGCGGGCUUUGUUGUCGGUGGCUGUGGAUCCUCGAGUCCCGAUGGCUAUGCUAAGGUCUUUUAUCAUCGCGACUGGAUUAUUCAACAUGCCAAUUUGUAAACAAUUAGUUGUGCCAAUAAAAAAUGAUAAGUUAAA